ACUUAAUGAGUGUUUGCCCAAAUGUAAAUCAUCUUGUUUUAAGUCAGAUGCGUGAUUAUUUUAUCCCGUGCCCCCAGCCCUCCCCUCCGGGUCAACUUUCGUUGUAUCGUUAUAGAUAAAGGGGCAUGGACUGUGCCUCCAGGGUGAAGGGGCCACUGGACGGGCAUCGGCUCCUCUUUCACUGAGGAGACAAGGAUAAUUUCUCUCACCAAGAGGGGGGGAAAUUGAUGGGAAAGAAUAGAGAUGCGACGAGCAUUGGGCAGAUCGGGCAAGGUUUUCUGACACCACUCCACUUGAUUGAUUUAACAUUGGUUUUAGUGGUGGCCUUUAAGAUACCGUUUUAAGGUUGCCAUCCUAUGUCGGGGAGUUUUAAGUCCCAUUCAAGUCCACGGGACUGGACUUCUAAGGUGACUCGUAUAGGAUCGCACCAUGCGUGCUGCGCUUAAUAGUCUGCAAACCGGCCAGAGUCGUCGGUUAUAUGGGUAGUAUAAAAUUGCAAAGUUGUUUUUACAGCUGCUACUGCUGCUGCUAGGGUAACUCGGAGUGGACUUUGGUGCUGAAGGGGCGCGAGCUCCGUUCAGCCCUGCUGCUAAAAACAAGCUCUUCGGUUAAGAAUCCUUUUGCACCAGACUCGUCGGUAGAUUUCCAGAACCUAGUAGAACAAAGACAGCCCGCUAAGGGACUAUCCGCACAUCCCUGGGGGAGAGGGUCCCCAGGGGCCACUUUGGUAACGUGGCUCCUUGAGCGAGGACAAAAUUCUGCGGACAUUUAUUUUCACACCAAUUCCUUUUGGUGCAGUUGGCCUUUCAUUGAUCUUCUCGGCAGCUAUCCGUAUAAAUACACCGGAGGUAGUGGUAGUUGUUUGUUAUUUUGCGCCCCCCUGGCGCCCCAGCCCGUGCGCUUAGGCUAGCCGGGCACCCCCAGCCUGCCAAUACUGGUCAGGUCCCUGCCCUGAUCUUGCUGCUAAGGUCUUUCCUCUCCCUCUCCGCCUCUCGCUCUCUGUUCCGGUUGCUGCCAUAGUGAUGCUUGGGAGCAGAUUAGCCGCCUAUACCAGGGGUGGGGGUGGGGAGGCAGCCGCCGCCACCACAGCGACUAGGAGGCGUGUUUAUGGGGGAGGUUUCUGUCGCUGCUCCACAUUCAUUUUUCCGUCCUCUUCUUCCCUCCGGUGUAAGGGGGGCGGGGAGAGGCCACCUUAGAGGAUCAGAGGUGAUCCAGCUCCCCCGCCUCUCGAUCCUGGCUGUGAUCUGCUGUCCGGGGUGCAGCGUCGGCGGAAAAGUUUAGUCCGGUCCUCCUUGCCAGGCAGUGCAGACUACUGGAGAACUAAAUCCACACCACAGAUGUGAAAACAACAACCCCAAAAGAUGCACCACUGAAGAAAAGCUUUGGUUUGGUGAGAAUGAAGGAGACAAGGUUUCGGAUGUGAGAUAUAACCCCAUAUAUCCUGAUGCUUAUACAGAAAAUAUGACAACAUAUCAGAAUGGCUGUGGAAACGGCACCUCCGUUACCUGUAUAGUGAUGGAUAAUAAGGAAUCGAAGCACUGCAAUACCUCCUUAGGUCAGAGUGGUGACACAAGCCACAGCUAUGAAAAUGAAGGCCAGGAUGAUAAAGUCAGCCCUUCCAAACUCAUGCACUUUUUCUCCACUCCUCGGAAAAGAUCCGGCUCCAAUGUGGAAAGGCCUCGUUCUCUGAUAGUCAUGGGGAACCCCUCAACAUGGAAUGCUCUGUCUUCCAUUAGGAAAAUAGGAUCUUUCAAGAAGUUAAAAUCCUCCGUUCUCCAAGGAAUGCCAGCCAAGGACGACUCUGACACCUUAAAUGGUAGCGUGUUGGAGAAUAAUAUCAGAAAGCGUGUCCCAAACAAUACGUUGGUGAGAGUUGAAACAAACAGGUAUUCUUAUUCAGGGCCACUACAUGACUUGCCGAGCACAACAGAUAAUGCUUUUGCAUCUGAUCAUUCCGACGGGGAGGAAGGCGACGAUUCCUUCCUGAGGAACACUCACAGGUCACGCAGCAUCAGGCGUGCCUAUGGGAUUGGCCGUAUAAAUUUAUUAGACACUGAUAAAAUUCAGGGCCAUCAGGACACUACCAGGACGGUAUCCCCUGUCAUACAGGAGGCCCAGAUUUGCGAAAUAGUAGUGAAAGAUUCCGAAAGCAGCAAAGUCAUCUACCGGAGGAGCAAAAGCACAGAUAACCUGAACUUCCUGAAAAAGAGCUCAUUCAAAAGGAAGUCGACCUCAAACCUCACCGACCUCAAAGUAGUGAACGAAAAGCAAACUCCACAGAGAACAACAAGUAUUUCUUCAGCGGACUCUGACAAAGCCAGCAGGAACUCAGAGCGCCAGUCGAAACGCUGGAAGAGCCCAAUCAGGGCGAAGGAUUUCGACAGAGUUUUGAAACUUGUCAGCAACGUUGCUGAUGUUGCGUUGAAGAAAGACAGUCCCAAGAACGAAAUCCCAUCCUCUAAUGAGCCGAACCAGAGGACUAGAUCAAACAGUCGGUUGCAUGAUGAUUACUCACGUCGGGUUUCCAGCAACACUGAGAAAGACAGGCGGAGGUGUGCACCCCCCAGGAGCAGCCCAGACUCUACCGUUUCCGCAUCGAGUGUCCAGAGUUCUGAGGAUGACAAUGCUGGAGCCAAUACAUUAACCCUCGAAGACAGCAGCCUCAGGAUGUCGUCCUGUGACCUUCCAGAUUCGGUGUCUUCGCCGCCUCCACUUCAGGACGCUGGGACAAUCGCGAACGAAGUGUUUUACGAAGACUCUGAUGAGCCAAGAAGUUCUCGCCAGUUUACAUGCAGCAGCACUGAGCAUCCUGCCACCCCUGCUAGACCCGUCAUCCCCAAGCCUCAGAGCCCUUGUGCCGAAAACCUCGAGUGCAAUAUGGAUCUCCGUUGUCCUGACAGGAACAGCACCUUGUCACUCAGCUCUGUGGGAAGCGAGGGAAGAGGGGAUGGGCCUUCUGCCAAGCUAGGGAAGAGCCCUGUUUGCUUCCAGGAUUCAGUGCAAGCUGUGUUCUUUGAUGACACAAAUGAAGACAGUGGCAUCAGCAGCCACUCUCAGCUGAGUCUCAAUUUAGCUGCGAGUGUUGAUGAAAAGAAGGAGGAGGUUGUUACUGAUGAUCACUGGAAGAAGGCCCCAUACCAGGAUGAAGAAAGAACAGACACUCAAAAGGUCACACCCAGAAGAUGGGGCUCUGGAAAAAGAUCCCGCCCUCGGCCCCUCUCAGAUUACGGCCAGUUGGCAAUUAGGAGUUUCUCAAUACCAGAAGAUUCCGUUGCUAUGGAGUCUCAGAAAAUGGAUUGUGUGGAUGCUGACAUUGAGCCCGGAUCUCCUUCUGCUGAGCCGGGAACCUGUAUGGUAGCCAGUCAAAGAGCACGUAAAAGAAGACCCAUCUCUGUCAUUGGUGGGGCCAAUUUCUAUGAGAACCAAACAGAAGAAAUAACAGACCUCCUUACACAACCAGUUGCACGCCCUCCGGUACCAGCACAUCAGGUUCCUCCUUAUAAAGCUGUCUCAGCCAGAUUCCGCCCCUUUACCUUUUCUCAAAGUACACCCAUCGGUCUGGAUAGAGUUGGAUGUAAGCGGCAAAUGAGAGCAUCCAAUGGUGCUACUGAUGGAGGUACUGAAUCUUCUGCCUUAGUGGAUGAUAAUGGUAGCGAGGAGGAUUACAGCUAUGAGGACCUCUGCCAAGCCAGCCCUAGGUACUUGCAGCCCGGAGGGGAGCAGCUAGCCAUUAACGAGCUGAUAAGUGAUGGGAGCAUGGUCUAUGCAGAGGCACUCUGGGAUCACGUGACCAUGGACGAGCAGGAAUUGGCCUUCAAAGCUGGGGACGUCAUCCAAGUCCUUGAGGCUUCCAACAAGGAUUGGUGGUGGGGCAGAAAUGAGGAGAAGGAAGCCUGGUUUCCGGCAAGCUUCGUCAGGCUGCGGGUCAACCAGGAAGAACUUGCAGAAAACGGUGGCAGCCUCCAAGACGAAGAACCAAAUGCAGACCCUGUGAAGCACCGCCAAAAAAUUGCUGAAAACAAGGAUCAGAUGAGAACAAAUGUGAUUCAGGAAAUAAUGAACACGGAGCGGAUCUAUAUCAAACAUCUCAAGGACAUCUGUGAUGGGUACAUUCGGCAAUGUCGGAAACAUACAGGAAUGUUCACUGGGGCCCAGCUGAGCACCAUAUUUGGAAAUAUUGAAGACAUUUACAAAUUCCAAAGAAAGUUCUUGAAGGAUCUAGAGAAGCAAUACAACAAAGAAGAGCCCCAUUUGAGUGAAAUAGGAUCCUGCUUUCUUCAGCAUCAAGAAGGUUUUGCUAUCUACUCUGAGUACUGCAACAAUCAUCCCAGUGCCUGCAUUGAGAUGUCUAACCUGAUGAAGCAGGGCAAGUACCGCCACUUCUUUGAGGCUUGUCGCCUGCUUCAGCAAAUGAUUGACAUCGCCAUUGAUGGUUUCCUUCUCACGCCUGUUCAGAAAAUCUGUAAAUAUCCCCUGCAGCUUGCAGAAUUACUCAAGUACACCACUCAGGAACAUAGUGACUAUAAUGAUAUAAAGGCAGCAUAUGAAGCCAUGAAGAACGUAGCCUGCCUGAUCAAUGAGCGCAAGCGAAGGCUGGAAAGCAUAGACAAGAUGGCCCGCUGGCAAGUGUCCAUUGUCAACUGGGAGGGGCAAGACAUUUUAGGCAGAAGCUCAGAACUAAUCCACUCAGGAGAGCUGACCAAAAUCUCCAAGCAAGGCAAGAGCCAGCAAAGGACUUUCUUUCUCUUUGACCACCAGCUUGUGUUCUGUAAGAAAGAUCUCUUGAGAAGGGACAUGCUGUACUACAAGGGCCGGGUGGACAUGGAUGAGUUUGAAGUGCUGGACAUUGAGGACGGCAGAGAAAAGGACUUCAAUAUCAAUGUCAAAAAUGCUUUCAAAAUUGUAAAUAGUGCCACAGAAGAAGUCCAUCUAUUUUGUGGGAAAAAGCCGGGGGACAAGAAGAGGUGGCUGGAGGCCUUUGCAAAUGAGAGGAGGCGAGUGCAAGAAGACAAAGAAAUGGGAAUGGAGAUCUCAGAAAACCAAAAGAAACAAGCCAUGCAAAAUGCACGGAAGUCAAGACACGGAAAGAUGAAAGGUGUCGGAUACAGUGGGUGCCCGAUGCCGCCCCCUCACCAGAGUUUACAUCCUAUCCACCAGCGUCACAUCACCGUGCCCACUAGCAUCCCACAACAGCAGGUCUUUGCCCUGGCAGAACCGAAACGGAAGCCCUCUAUUUUUUGGCACACUUUUAACAAGCUGACCCCAUUCAAGAAAUGAGUGGCUGGAAGAUCCCUGGACUAUAGAAGGGUACGAGGCGAAGGAAGAGCCACUUGCCGUCAAAGAAUUGGUUGGUCCAGCCGGGAAACUCUGAAUUCUGGAGGGAAGGAGUCCUGAUCUUCCUCUGCUUCAGUGAGAAGGACUUGCCGGCGGUUUAGUGGAGAAGGCUGUGGCUUGAUCUGAAGCAAAUGUUGACUUGUGUCAAUAAACAUUGCUGAAUGAGAAACCCACCACUUGGUCGCAAGGGCAGAAUUGCUGCUACUCUUGAACGGUGGCGCAGGGUUGUUGUACUUGCACCAAAGGAAUGGUUUAAAUAUCUGAGGUCAUUUUGCCUGUCUUAAUAAUAAAUUCAUGGCCAAAUUUAGAAAUAGGAAGGAUAGUGUCCAACACCUCCCACUGGCACAGCAUGUUGGCAGAAAAAAAGAGGUACCAUCUUCUCUGUGAGCACCAAGCAGGCAUGUGGAUCUCUGGGAUCAGGUUAGCUUGCCACCGCAAGAACUGCUGAGCCUCCGUCCUUCCUAUUUGUCUUAGUUCACUGUCCUUAUUUCUUGUUAAUUUAACCAAGUAGGAGUAGGACUUCCUGCAAGGCCUUAGCAUCUUCCUGGCAAAAAUGGGAGAAAACGUUCACUUGGUGACAUAAAUAGAUAAACAUGCAUUUUUACGUGCUGUUGCAAAUGACGAAGGAAGGGCCCAGUGCAUCUUGGGUGGAUCCUUAUGAAAAACGGUACUUUGCUGCAUGCAUUGAAUGCACUUCAAGAAACUGGUUUCGUUUUAUUUUGUUACCUGCUGCUGUUUUAGCCUGUGAAAAUUGCCUCUGUGCUUUCCAGUAUGCCUGCUUUUUAUACUAUGAGAAGCUGAAGUGCUCUCUGAAGUAUCUCUAGUCCUUGAGUGGUUGCUGGACUUCAGCUUCCACAAUCCCUGACCAUUGGCCAUUCUGGCUGGGGCUGGUGGACGUUGGGAGUCUAAUAACAUCUGGAGGGCCACAGGUUCCCACACCCCUGCAGUAAAUAUAGAAUCAUUCCAGCUGGUUUCUGUGACUCCUAGACAAACCUUCAGAAUAUCUCCAGAAGGCUGUUGAUUUCAUUAUUCUUGCCUACAUCAGCCAAGCCAAGAGGAUUGUUCAGGGAUUGUUUCUUUGCAAUCACAAUGAUCCCACACAUUUGGUGGCAUCAGAAAUGAACUUUGAUCAAAACUCAGGUCAAAUGUGGCCGGUUUAUGGCUUAUUAAAACGAUGUUUUCUU